AUGCAGCAGGUCAGCAGGCAGCAGGGCCACAAGGAGCAUGAGCUCUCAUACCAAGGGGGUAUGGAGCAACACAUGGUCACACACAGUGUGGACUGGUUUCAGAAGGCUGUUGGCCACCAUGCUAUGUACAAUAAAACUGCCUGCCAGUAUAUGAAGGCGGAAUGCUGCAACAAGGCAGGGCUUCCUGAGAAUCAGUGGUCCACCCACUUGCCUUCCGGCAGUCUUGUUGCUGAGUCCAUUAAAAGGAAGGAGCAGCUACAAGGUGAGUUGUCUGUCAGGUGGCCCCCUCCAAAAGUCCCAGGCGCUCCCGGCUCCUGUGCUGUGCCGCCCCAGCCUCCGCAAAGCCCGGUCUGCCACCGCUCCUUGUUGUCCCGCCGCCCCAGCCGCUGUCCAACUCCUCCCCCGGUGGCUCGCACACCCUUCGGCCCGUGUACGCGCUUUGCACCUGCUGCCCGAAACCGUGCCCCAGAAGCCCGAGAGCGGGGGUCUCCGGGUCCCUUGGGCCGAGGGGAGAAGGAAGGCGGCCGUGAGGGUGAGACCCAGGCCCCGAGCCUCCUCCGACAGGAGAGUCCCAAUGAGGGCCUUGGCGCCGCGAGGGAGGAGGGGGCUACGGAGCCCGCCGUCACCCUGAAAGGUGGGAGGGCUGUGGCAGCCAGAGCCAUGGCUCGGCGCAGGGCCUGCCGCCGCCCGAAUCGGACGGUGGCGGAAUGGGUGCGGUUCCCGCUGAGAGACAAGAAGAGGAGUCCCAUCACACGCUCCGAGAUGGUGAAAUGCGUUAUCAGAGACUUGGAGGAUCCGAUCCCGGAGAUCUUCGCAAGGGCCGCAGAGCAUCUGCGGUAUGUCUUUGGCUUCGAGCUGCAACAGUUUGACCGCAAGCACCACACUUACAUCCCGGUCAACAAUGUAAAACCUCUUGAUGAGGAGGAGGAGGAGGAUCUGGGAGGAGAUGGUCCCCGGUUGGGUCUCUUAGUGGUGAUCUUGGUCCUCAUCUUCACGAAAGGCAAUAGUGCCAGGGAGGCCCAGGUCUGGGAGAUGCUGCGACGGCUGGGGGUGCGGCCCUCAAAGUAUCACUUCCUCUUUGGGUACCCGAAGAGACUGAGUGUGGAAGAUUUUGCGGUGCCUCACACCAAUCCACUGGAGUAUGAGUUAUCUUGGGGUCCCCGAAGCAACCUCGAAAUCAGCAACUUGAACGUCCUCGGGUUCGUGGGCAAGUUUCAUAAGAAAGAACCCACCUGGCCGGCGCAGCACCCUGAGGCCCUGGCAGACGAGACCCACAGGGCCAGAGCUGAGGCCAGUAUAAGGACUAGGGUCGACAUCCGCCGCUGAUGAGGGCUCCGUGGGUAUGGAAGCUCCUUUUUGGAGUCGUAAGUAGUAUGAGGGGGGGCGAGGGUCGUAUUUAUGUAGAAAUGGUGUAACUUUAGGAUUUAGGUUUUGUAUCUUGAUACAUUUUGUUACAUUACUAUACUGUUAAAAUGCUGUUUAUAAAUGAGAUUAGUCUACUUUUUCCUGUAUGAUUUUGUUGUAAAGUUUUGCUUGGUUUGUAAAGUGAAUGGAAAACUUUGCAUUUUAUCCUGUGACUUUGAAGAAAUUAUGCAUCAUUGUCAUGCUGUGCUUUAAUGGUUUGAAGGAACUCAGCAGUCUGAUGACCUGGUACCAGGAAAAAUAAUAACUGAUUGGUGUCUAGCCUCCCAACACUUUUUGUCUAUUGUAUAUAAAAGAAAAAGACUGACAUGUACCUACACUUGCUUAGCUAUUUUAGUAUAUAGAGAAAAAUUAAAAUACAGUAAAUUUAAAGUAUACCCUGGUCCACUUAAUAAAGUAAACAUUUGUUGAGUA